AUGACUCCAAUCUGGCUCUUUGAAAUUUCAUCCAGUGUUUAUUUCUCUUCUUACAUUAUAUCUAAUUUUAUUUCGUUUCUAGCUCCAACCCAAGCUAGGGAUCUUUCCAGACCAUCAUAUCUCUCAGUGAAGUCUGGAGAAGGUGUUACUCUGAACUGCCCAUUUGGAGACAUUCGUAGGACUGAUAGUGUGGUUUGGUACAAACAAAACUUCGGAGAGAUGCCUCAAAAAGUGGGAGAAAGAUUAAUAUAUAAGGAUGUCAAAAUUUGCCCAGCGUUCAAGAUGUCAGGAUUUAUAAUGGAGGCGACUGAUCACGGCAUUUCUCUAACAAUUCCACACAUAAAAAAUGAACAUGGAGGACUUUACUACUGUGAAAAAUGUAUGUUGGAGAAUGUUACCCUAUCCAAUGGAACUUACUUGGCUGUAACAGGUGAUGAAGACGUAAAAGUGUCAGUGUUCCAGAGCGGCGUGUCGGACUCGGUUCCUGCAGGAGCGUCAGUGACUCUGCAGUGCUCGGUUCUCUCUGAGAGCAGAUCAGCAGAACUCCAAGUGCUCUGGUUCAGAGCUGCUCCACCACAAUCCCAUCCUCAAAUCAUUUACACUCAUCACAACAGCAGCCAUCAGUGUGAGAGCGGCUCUUCUACACACACCUGUGUGUACAACUUCUCCAAGAACAUCCUCAGCCUCAAUGAUACUGGAACUUACUACUGCGCUGUGGCCGUGUGUGGGAAGAUCAUUUUCGGGAACGGGACACGAGUACAGUUGGAGAACGUUCCAGAAUUUGGUUGGUAAAAAAAAAUUUAUGAAUAUUAUUUGUGUUUCAACUACAAAAAAAAUUUUCUCUUUAAUUAUUUCUAUGUCAAAUUUUAACCUGAUCAGUGGUUAUAAAUAUGUAAAGCAAGGCUCAGAUUGUUAUUUAUAUUUCUACAUUAAUACCGUACUGUACAUAUUCAUUAUUUGACAUUUAUUGUCCUGCAGUAAGAUCUUUAGGUCCUGAAGUGAUCUACCUCGCAGUAGUAUUGGCAGUGUGUAUGGUUGUGAUUUUCGCACAAGCAUUUAUAAUCUGUAAAAAGUGGAACUGUGACCAAUCCAGAGGUGAGUCUGUGAGAUACAGAAUUGUAAAUAAUUUAGCAAACUAUAUUGAUUUUUCCCUCCACUUCAAUAUUAUGUAAUAUUGUGUAUAGAUUCAUGACAUACUGUAUAAUCUCAAUUAAGUUCCAUAACGUGACGGGGGUGAAUACUUAUGCAUAUAGGCCUUGUACCAGUUUAUUUUAUUUUUUCAGAUUUAUAUACUUAAUAUAUGUAUAACUUUAUGUGGACCAUAAACAAAGUAUCCAAGCUUAGUUUUUGUUGGACAAAUCAAACAUUUAACCUUUUUCCAUCACUGUAACAACUAAUGGUUCACCAAUAUAAAAAUUGCUCAUAGCAAUAUCUGAUCAUUAAAUAUAAAAUGUUAAUUACAUAGAUUCAAUAUUUGAAUUAAAUUAAAUGUUAACGAGCUGACCAUUUCAUACUAAUAACACUGUAAACAUUAGAAGUACUGCUAUCAGACAUGAUCAUACCACAAAAAAAACACAAAAGGUGAAAACGGUAUUUAUUUUUUUUAAACAAAGAACAUUUUUAAAGCUAAUAAUUUUAUUAUAAAGAUAAUUGAUGUUUUUGUAAAGAUUAAUUAUAACGAAAAGAUGCUUUAUAAAGAUUUAUGUUUAUAUUU